AUGCUUCUAGAGCAUUAUGUGAACACACACACGAAGCAAAUCUUAACAAGCAGGUACGAUACAUACGUUUUAGAUUUAAUAGUAUAUUGACCGUUACGUGUAAAAAAUAUAAUGUAAAUCUGUAAAUCUUGCAGUGAUGCUGAAACACAGACAGACCACACAGAAGAAACUGCAAUCUUUAUAGACUCUCCAGGUAAGUUUUGUGAUGAAAUUUAAAUAUUACGAUGAUUAUUUGACUUUAGCUUACUUCACAUUUUUAUUUUAUGUUUGUAUUUUACAGUUUUAGCAUCUACACCUUUGCAAAUAAGUGUAGAAGUGGAAAAUCGUGCUUCGGCCAGUGUUAGUAAACGUAGAAGAUUGUCACUAGAAUCACACGAUCCCGAAGGCGCGGAUGAAACAGCUACUGGAGUCAAUGAAUCUUUUAUACAAAUGAGGUAGUUAUACACGUUAUCAUAAUAGGCAUCUGACCUUUGUUAUGUUCAGGAUUAAUAACAAGAUUCUGUAUUCCAAACUGCUGGAAUGUGAUCUGUUAUGAAUAUGAUAAUAUAUAUUCUGAAAUUGUUUAGACCACAUGUCAUGACCAGUUUUCGUGAAGACCAAACCCUGUCAGCCACUGAAUCAGAAGAUAGUGAUUUGGAACAUUCUCUUUUACAGCCAGAAAAUGAUAG